AUGCUCAAAACUAUCACCAUUGUCUCCGUUCUCGCUACCGCUGCUCUUGCUCAGAGCUCAUCUGCAUCAGCGUCGUCGUCGUCGGCGUCGCCAUCGUCGACCGCCAAUCCUUUGAUUCCUUCGGGCAUUAGCCAGACCUGCUCGUCGUUCUUGUCGAGCCUCAACAGCGACUCUUCGUUGACGAGCUGCCUGUCGUCCCUGUCUUCGGCAACCUCUGCCUUUGCCCCGGGCAGCUCGACCUCUCCCUCUUCUGCCGCUGUGACGACGGCGCUCGGAAACCUUUGCACCGACUCCAUCUCUAGCGCUUGCUCCGAGUCGCUUGUUCGCUCCAAGAUCGCCGCUUUCUACACUGCGUGCACCAGCGAAUUGACCACCAGCCGUAGCGAGGAUGUGGUCAAAAUUUACGACGUUCUCUACACUAUCCUUCCUCUCCGCACAUCCGUUUGCUCCAAAGACGACUCUGGCUCGUGGUGUGUUAUGGCCGACACCACCUCCACACGCGAGGACAGCGAGGACUCAGGGGAGACCUCCACCUUGAGCCUGGCCAAACUCAUGGCGAUGCUCUACACCAAGAACUCCGCCCUGCAGCGCCGCGCUCCCGUGUCCGCCAUCGUUCCCAACAUCACCACUUACCACGACACAAACCUGCCCUUCAUCUUCUUCAAGCCCAGCCUCGAUGCCACCAGGCUUUGCACGACGUGCUCACGUAAUGUUCUCACGGCCUACAUCAACUUCGAGUCAAACACCCCCUAUGCACCCGGUCUCAGCCAGAGUCUGCUCCUGAGCACCCAGUCCGACCUUUACAGCGCCAUCCAGCAGAAAUGCCCUGCCAACUUCCUCAGUGGCGCCGUUCAGGCUGCCGGUGGGCUUUCUGGCGGUACCUUCUCAUCCGGCGCGGUCUCCACCGUCGGCGCCGCAUCUUCCGGCCUCUUUGCCAUCGCCAUGGGUGUUGCCACUUUAGGCUUCUCGGUUGCUUUCUAA